AAGUGUCCCUUCAAAAUAGAUUUACUAUAAUAAUCACACUAUAUUUAAUUAAUAAUGAUAAUAAUGCAACCUUACAGAUCAAGUUCACGAACUUAUUUAAUUAGCCUUAAUGUACCACUUCACAAUUUCUACUAUAUAUAUAUAGCUCACAAGCCUUUUGUGCCACACCAACAUUUCUAAUUAGGAACAUUUUCUCAUCUUCUCAACCAGAAACUUGUGUAGAUCAUGGCUGGCAUAGCAUUUGGACGCUUCGAUGAUUCUUUCAGCGUGAGCUCUAUUAAGGCCUAUGUUGCUGAGUUCAUCUCAACUUUUAUCUUUGUUUUUGCUGGUGUUGGUUCAGCCAUAGCCUAUGCUAAGUUGACAUCAGAUGCAGCUCUUGAUCCUGUUGGUUUAGUAGCUGUUGCUAUUUGUCAUGGUUUUGCUUUGUUUGUUGCUGUUUCCGUCGGAGCCAACAUUUCUGGAGGACAUGUCAACCCUGCUGUGACUUUUGGGUUGGCUAUUGGAGGACAGAUCACAAUCCUCACUGGUAUCUUCUACUGGAUUGCACAGCUUCUUGGUUCCAUAGUAGCAUGCUUACUCCUCAAGUUUGUCACAGGAAGCUUGACAAUUCCUAUCGAUAGUGUGGCUUCUGGUGUUGGAACAUUUGAAGGAGUUGUAACUGAGAUUAUCAUAACAUUUGGAUUGGUGUACACAGUGUAUGCCACAGCAGCUGAUCCUAAGAAAGGAUCAUUAGGGACAAUUGCACCAAUUGCUAUUGGUUUCAUUGUUGGUGCAAAUAUCUUAGCUGCAGGCCCAUUCUCUGGUGGAUCAAUGAAUCCAGCACGUUCAUUUGGGCCUGCAGUUGUUAGUGGUGAUUACCAUGACAAUUGGAUCUAUUGGGCUGGACCUCUUAUUGGUGGUGGUUUGGCUGGUGUUAUCUAUGGCUAUGUCUUUAUGCCAUCAGAUCAUGUACCUUUGAGUAGUGAUUUCUGAUUUUAUUGAGGUUAUUUUGUUGCUUAUGUGAUUUGAGUUUCUCUUCAAUAAAAAAGAACUCAUUCUUUUCUUAUUAGCUUUUAUCCUUUUGUUUUUUGUUGCUUUCAAUUUAAUGUAAGGUAUAUGGACCAUUGUUUUCAAGUAAGAUUAAUUCAAGAUGUUGUCCAAGGAGUGCUGUUCUUUUAUAAAUAAAAAUGAGAUAGUUUCUUUUUGA